AUUCGCUUUCUUUCACGAGCAGCGAAAAGUUGUGCCAGAGAUAAAAACAUUCCAGCGACUCCAUUUCCAAGGUAAUGCAGCAGUUGUUGCCAGGGUAGUGUAGAGAAAAAUCGGUAGCAAAACCGUUCGCCAACAACAUUGCGGACAGUAUUCUGAGGAAGGGGUGAACACACAAUUUCACAACAAAAGGCGGCGGUCAAGUUUUUCCAGAGUUUUCAGAUACAUCGUAAAACGCACACAUACACAAACGUUCAUCACACAGCAGCCACGAGUGGAGUAGCAUAGCAGUUUUUUUGUACGUGUGUUGUUCGGUGGUGCAAAUUCGUUCGGGAAAAAAAGGAAAACGCAAAAAUGGUUGUCAUCGCCAAAUCGUCAGCUAAGAAGGGCGAAAAGUCCAUCCUGCCGCUGGUCCAUCCAGUUCCGGACGCGAACGCCACACCGACCGCCCCGGCCGAAGAUGGCAACAACUCGACCGCAUCGAACAUCAUUCUUCUGCGCCGCGGCCGUCAGCUGAAGCCGGCAACGGCAGCCAUCCUGCUGCUGGUGGCACUGCUCGGCUUUUCCAUCGGUACGAUCGGCGGUCUGUUCUACUACCGUCAGUACGCGCAGGCCCGCAACCACAUGCGCUACCACGGUUUCUGCAAGAUCCCGUACGAUGCCAGCAACUUCGAAUCGCUGUACCGCUCGAUGAAUGCCGACCGUGACAUGGAGAUUCUGCGCCAGUUCAACAUGUUCCAGAUGCCGAAAUCGCUCAACCAGGAGCAGGCGGCCCUCUCGGACGAUUCACAGUCGAACGAGAACGGCAGCAACGGUAACGACAACAACGAUGACUUCUUCCGCGAAGAGUUCGAGCUGGGAUUGUCGGACGAGGAGAACUACUCGAAGAUCGAUGUGCCGGUGUUCCGGGGCCAGCGUCCGGCUCGCUUCCUGCACGACUUUACCUUCAACCAGUCCGGCAUCAUCGACACUGCGGCCCGGCGUUGCUUCAUCAUGCCGCUCGAUCGUGAAACGGUCCUGCCACCCCAGUCGUUGCGCGAUCUGGUGAUGAAGAUGCAGCUGGGCUACUACAACAUCGAUACGAGCGUGCUGAAGAAGACGAUGCGUGUCGUGCUGCCGGAGCUGACCGAUUUCACGGAUGUUUCGCCCCGCGUCACGAAGGAGUGCGUCGACAUGAAGAUCUACCAGCUGGAGAAGAUUGUCAGUGGAGUGUACAAGCGUUCCACGGAUAUUCAGGAGCGCGCCAAAUUUGCCGAGUUUGGCGGAAACCACAUCUCGCUCAUCGACAUCGCCAACCUCGAAGAGCUGAACGAAUAGAAAAGCGGUGGCAGUAGCAGGCAGGACGCGGUGUAUUGGAAAUGUGCAGAGAAUGGUAGGCAAUGACGGGUGGAUUGUUCCGGAGUACCGAGGACGCAGACGUGAUGUUCCUAGCUGGGGUUUUUUUUCGUUUUUGUUUUAGGCUUUAUGAAGUGAAUGGCAUGAAUUAAUACAAGUAUUAAGCUACUGGUUUCGGUCGUCGGUGCGGUGCGGAAAAGCGGACGCGAUGCGAGUUUUUAUGAUAAUUCAAAAGUAUUGAGUGUUGUUUAAGAUAGUCGGCGCAGCAGGACGGAAAGAAAUAAGAACCAUCUCAUGAUGAGCACAGUAAUAAUGCGUUAGAACAUCAAACAAUAUAGCUUUACUCUAUCAUGUCAUGUUUUCCCACUUUUAUCUACCAAAUCCACCGGAGCGCGAUUGUGUGAAAGGUCUUUUAAAACCCGCUCGAAAUAAUAUCUUACCUUCUGAAGGAGUUUUUGGUUUUCCCUCUAAUAAUGACGACCUUAUUGUAGAGUUUCAAUUCUAAAAUCCAUCUUAGGCGCACCAAAUAGCGAUACUAACGUUGUGUGUGACUAACAUUACUGGCUAAUGCGGGUUUUAUGUUUGUGUUGUAUUCGAUUUUCUUACAUUUGUGUGUCUACACAAGCACUUUGGAUGGUGUUUGUCAGUAUUUCUAUUUCUUAUGGUUUUUGUACUCUAUUUGAAAAAAAAAGUUCGGUUGGAUCUUUUAACAAUAACGAUAGUGCCGCGUUCUCCCCGUCCUAUCACACCUCCACACCUCACUUCCACACACAGACAGAUCGAUGCGCCAUUUUCUACACCCUUCAUACGAUGCACAAAAUGUGAUUUUCUCAUUGCUGUUGAUAUCCUCGUUCCCGGCCCGUUUCCCUCCAAUCGCAAAUAGUUCGCUUUUGGGGCACUUUAGGAAGCAUCAAACGACAUAGACACACAUUCCUUGACUCUGUACAACCUGAAGCAAACUCACGCUACACCUAGCCGUGUGUGUGUGUGUUUGGGCCUAAGGGCACGCAAAAAUUACAGACACAAUAUUAGAAGUUUUUAUUACGAUUUAACAAGGAAACUCCCUGCAAUCCUCCCUUUUCUUACUGUUACUACUACACAGCAGCGCGAAUAAGAGAGAGAGAGAGAGGAGAGUACAUUAUUUUGCAACAGCAGAAUAAAAAAAAAGGAUAAAAAGACAGAGGAAGGCAGAACACAACACAAUGAGCAACAAAUAAUUAUGUUUAUUGGAAUUGUAAAGAAUAAAACAUUAUUAGUAAAUAGA